AUGACGUCCUUAGACGUUGAGUCCCUAUUCACCAACGUCCCAGUCGGCAAGAUGAUAGGGAUCAUCAUGGAGCGGGUAUAUAGGAAUCCCAAUAUGAGACCCCCGAACAUCCCAGAAGAUUCGUUAAGAACCCUGCUAGAUAUCUGUACGAAGAGAGUCCCUUUCACCACCUACCGAGAUCAGAUGUACUGCCAAAAGGACGGCGUAGCGAUGGGGUCCCCCUUAAGAGUCCUCUUCGCUAACUUCUACAUGGGUGAAGUGGAAGAUAGGGUCUUCUCGCAACAUAGAUGUCCCCACACAUACAGACGCUAUAUCGAUGACAUCUUCGCACAAGCCAACUCUGAGGACAAGGUAGAAGCCCUUCGGCAGCAGCUCCUGCAGCACAGAGCACUCAACUUCACCAUCGAGUACUGCAGCAACGAUCGGCUCCCCUUCCUCGACGUCCUUGUCACGAAGAUGAAUCAAAAGCUGGCGACUACAGUUUACACCAAAGCUACGAAUUUUGGACUUUGUCUAAAUGGAGAUAGCGAGUGUCCUGUGCGGUUCAAGACCACCACAGUCACGGCCUUCGUCAGGAGGGCCCUCUUGCACUAUUCAACGUGGCAGGACACACCUCAAACUCGACCGAGCAUUCCAGAUACUAAUUAA